ACCGUAAGGGCUAGUCACGUUAAACGACUACAAGUCCCAGCGCCAAGGAAGAACCUGCGCAGUCCCGCGCAUGCGCAGGAGGGGGCUGUCGCCUAUCAAGUUGGUCCAACAGCGGGGUGAUAAAAUGCAUAAGCUGAAGUCAUCACAGAAAGACAAGGUCCGCCAGUUCAUGUCCUUCACCCAAGCCGGGGAGAGGACGGCUGUCUAUUGCCUCACGCAGAAUGACUGGAAACUAGAGGUGGCCACAGACAACUACUUCCAAAACCCGGAUCUCUACUAUAAAGAAUCCAUGAAAACCACAGUGGACCGCAAGAAGCUGGAACAGCUGUACAACAGAUACAAAGACCCUCAGGAUGAGAAUAAAAUUGGUAUUGAUGGGAUCCAGCAGUUCUGUGAUGACCUGACCCUGGACCCGGCCAGCAUGAGUGUUCUAGUGGUGGCCUGGAAGUUUCGGGCAGCUACACAGUGCGAGUUCAGCCGGAAGGAAUUCCUAGAUGGCAUGUCCGAGCUGGGGUGUGACAGCCCAGAGAAACUAAAGGCCAUUUUACCCAGACUAGAACAGGAACUCAAAGACUCUGGAAAGUUCAAGGACUUUUACCAGUUUACCUUCAACUUUGCCAAGAACCCAGGCCAGAAAGGCUUAGAUUUAGAAAUGGCUGUAGCCUAUUGGAACCUGGUGCUGACGGGCCGGUUUAAGUUUCUGGACCUCUGGAACAGGUUUCUGUUGGAACACCACAAACGGUCCAUCCCAAAAGACACAUGGAAUCUCCUUCUAGACUUUGGAAACAUGAUUGCAGAUGAUAUGUCAAAUUAUGAUGAGGAAGGAGCAUGGCCGGUCCUCAUAGACGACUUUGUGGAAUUUGCUCGGCCGAUCGUCACAGCGAGCAAGCGCAAAAACGUAUAAUCACCACCUACCUCUUGGAGAGGGAAGUGGCACCUUAUCUCUCUGUUCAGACUUUUUUUGAUAGUAAAAAAGAUUUAAAACAAACAAAAAAUGCAAGAGACUUUUAAGUUCUAAGUCUGUGCUACCAAACUUGGGUUGAACAAUGUAGAGCUGACCAGGCCUUAUCAGGAAUGAGUGAGAUUGUUUGGAGCACAUCACCACCAGAGGGCGACAGUGAACCAGCCCCCAAUGGCAUCAAGCUGGAGGAGCCCCUAUCAUCCAUCUUGAGUUGCCCUAGCCUCAAGGUCACUGUGGUUAUGGACGUCAUGACCUUGCCCUGCACUGUCCACCAAACUGCGGUUCAGGGGUGACACUUGUGGUACGUAAGAAUCAAUAGCAUGUCAAGUCCCAAGGCUGGAGCCCAUAAAGGGGUGUAAUAUAGGAUAAUAGAUUGUGCAUGUUAUUUGUGAUUGAUGCACAGUGUUGAGCUGUGCAAAGUAAAAGAAAGAAAAACUAAAGAUCACUUUUCAUUGAGCAAUGUCAUGUACAGCCCCCACUGUGUCAUUGCGCAUUGUUACAAAUUUGCAAGAAGCGUAAACUUCCAGGUCUGUUGUCCAGCGGUGUAAAGCCUACUUUCUUAUAUUUGAAAUGUGUAAAGACAAGAUCCAGUUUCGUAAACAAGUCAGAAAAACAACAUGCAGCAAUGCUCAGAACACCAGCAGAAGUAAGAUUGCUACAGUUGUAAAAUACUGUAUCUAAUAGAGAUAUGUACAGACAUAUUGCUACAAAUGCGUAUGAGCAUAAAUACAUGAUGUUUAUUAAUGUGAUGAGAAAGUAUUUGGAAUAAUCUAUCUUGAAAGCUUGGAUGUCCUCAAUGUGCUUUUCCACGUUUAAACAUGUAUCAUUGGUUUUAUCU